AACAGCCGAUGAUCAACGUUUGCACUGUUCAAGUGACCCUGACAAUAUUUUCAUACCUUUCACUCGAGCUCACUCAUUCGACACGAAGAUCGGUAGAGAGAUCAAGGGGGAUUCAAUAUGCGGUUGGAGGGAGCUUAAAUUUUUAGUCGGCCAAUUGAGCUUCUUCCAGAGUUUCGCGCAUGCCAGCUACAAGUAAACCGCACCGUGUCUCGCUUCCUCCUUCCUCCACCUCUUCCAUCUCCUCAUUCGUUCUUCUCCCUCGUUUUUGCCCUCAAUGCCGCAGGAUACACCAGAAACUGCAGACCAUUUCAUCUAUGUAACCCAGGUCUACUUCUGUGGUACGUGCUUGUCGUCGUUUCCGCCUCGCGCUCAUCGCUAAGUCCCUCACCAAAGCAAUGUGUAAGUACUUCUCGCAGUAUGUUCAUCGUUGCCUUACCAUCCAUUCGCGCGUUAGACGCGGUUGUCAUUUGGGAUUGGCUCGUCAGUCUUCCUAGGGAAUGGCGAUUCGUUUGGAAAACACACUGGACACCAGUAAAGGUCGCGUAUCUCUUCUGCAGAUAUUGGGUCAUUGCCGUCGUUCCCUACCUGCUCUACUGCUUCGUUGCAAACCAUUCCAUGGAAACCUGUGAGAAAAUUUACAGGUUUCCGGUUGCCCUGGCCAUGUGGAACCAAGUUGGCUCCGAGUCCGUGCUCCUCAUUCGAACAUAUGCCUUCUUCAACAGGAACAUCUAUAUCCUCUGUUUCCUUAUCUUUGCACUCAGCGGAGUUGUGGCAUAUCAAAUCUAUGUAGACGCCACCCAGAUGUUGCUUCUACCGUUCAUCAAGGAGAGAGGGCCGUGCUUUCCCAUGUCAAAGCCACAUGCAGCACAUCUACUCGGUUUUUUUAUUGCUCCACUCCUUUUCGAUACGCUCGUUACUUCCAUGACUGUCAUCAAAGCUUUCUCUCUUCGAAGGUGUAAUGGUGGUCCCAAUAGCAGGCUGAUUCAAACGUUCUUACGUGAAGGAGUCUUUUACUACAUACUGAUCUCCAUCGCCAACCUGAUCAAUGGAAUCUUUUAUCUUCAACCUCGUCAAGUAAUGUCAGCCAUUAAUAUCCCUCUCAGCGUCAUGAUGGCACCUCUUCUCGCCUGUCGCCUGAUUCUUGACCUCCGCGAGCGUGGAUCUGAGACGGUCUCUCAUUCUGACGGUACCGGUAUUGCCGCGUUCACGACCAAAUCGGUUCCUCAGACUCAUUGUUCUCCGUUCACGCCCCAACAUCGUUCCAAAUGUGUUGGAUAUGGGUACGGCGCCCGCCACACUCGAGCUCUCGAUUCCAACAUCGUGCUGAGUACCCUUGGUACUGCCGAUCAUAUGGACUUCAGCAUGGAGCAAGACGUCUGUGAUAUCGAACAUGGUAGCUUCGGACUGGGAGAACUUGGAAGUCUGAGCACUGCGAUUGGAGGAGACGACGGCGAACCAUUGCCAAUACUGGAUAAAAGUAACCUGGAUGAUGACUGCGACAGCGAACCCGAUACGCCGACCCCCUCUACCCGUAGUCCCGCCUCUGGAUUCAGGACCCUUGAGAUGGGAUUCCGUCCUGGAAGGGCGCCCAGUACGUCUGAACGUGGUGUGGGCGGGAUUAGAGUGGACGUUGAAAAGGCUACCGCCACCAUGUAA